UCACGGCUGCCUCAAAGAUGGUAGAUAUCCGCUCUCUCUCUUUCUUGUUGGUGUUUCUUUUCCUUUUCCUUAGUAUAUACUUAUCUGCGAAUUACUUCAUAUCUUAAGCUCUCGUAUGCGAACAUUUUCCGGCGCAUAGCUUCGAUUCCCUGGAGCAACCACUGAGACUGUGAUCGGGCUUUCUCGUGAACAGGCGCAUGGUAUUUUCUAUUACGAAGCAAGAACCAAACCCGGCCAGUCAUCAAGGCAAAAUGUCUAAUACUAAUGGAACAAACGGUUCCAACGGUGCCCAUCGUGUCAAUGGAGCCAAUGGUGCUAAUGGCAAACACGAAAUCCCCCCCGUUAGUAAACCACAUCGUGUCGACUUUGCGCGCACGACGAGCAGAGGACCGCCCAUUGACACGACCUGGGAGCGUGUGAACUCCUUCCCUCUCCCACCACAUACGGCAACUCCUGGCGGCCCGACAGCAAGAUCCCAAGCCAAGGUUCGAUCCUACGGACAGAAUGAAGACCCGAAGUGCUUCCCGAGGAUAUCAAAGCCUGUCGAGCUCCUGAGAACGAGCUAUGAUGUGCUAGUGAUCGGUUCGGGAUACGGGGGUGGAGUGGCCGCUUGCCGCAUGGCAAGGGCAGGACAGACUGUCUGUUUGCUAGAACAAGGAAAGGAGAGGUGGCCGGGAGAGUAUCCUAGCACGCUUCUCGAGGCUACGAAGGAGCUCCAUAUCUCGGGCGAAGUGCCGAGCGUUAUAUCAAAACCGAAAAUGAUUGACAAGGGUGAUCCCACGGGAUUAUAUCACUUGAUUAUGGGCGAGGGCCAGAAUGCCUUCGUCGGGAAUGGACUUGGAGGAACGAGCCUCUUGAAUGCGAAUGUCUUCCUCCGAACAGACGAUGGAACUAUGGGCCUUCACAACUGGCCGCCAGAGCUUCGAAAGCCGGGCGCAUUGAACGAUUACUACGAACUAGCUGAGAAAAUGCUCGAACCUCAAAAGUAUCCUGAUGAGUGGCCUGAACUGCCGAAGCUGAACAUGCUCGAGACACAGGCCAACCACCUCGGAUGGGGAGACAAGUUCCGACGCGUCCCCCAGACCACUCGCUUCUCUGCUGGAGCGAAUAGCACUGGCGUGGAGAUGAAUGCUUCUGCGUUGACGGGUCAAGAUACCACGGGCCUCAAUGAUGGUAGCAAGUCCAGCACACUCGUCAACUAUCUUAGUGACGCAUGGAACUGGGGUGCUGAAAUGUUCUGCGAAUGUGAAGUCCGGUAUAUAAAAGAGCAUCCCGAUGAGGGGUAUAUCGUCUACUUCGCAUGGCAUGGCAGCGGCCGUGGAGCCUUUACUGAGCACUUGCAUGAAGAUCUCAUGUGGGUGCACGCCAAGAAGUGCGUCUUCCUAGGAGCCGGAUCCCUUGGGACAACAGAGAUUCUGCUCCGAAGCAAAGCCAUGGGAUUAUCAACGAGCUCGACUUUGGGAACUGGGAUGAGCGGGAAUGGCGACAUCCUCGCUUUUGGAUACAACUGCAAUGAGAAUGUGAAUGCGAUUGGUAGAGAAUUUCCGUCGCCGUACCAUCCCAUUGGGCCCACGAUUGCUGGUAUAAUUGAUUGCCGUGAAGGCCACGAAAAUCCGCUUGAUGGCUUUGUCAUUGAAGAGGGAGCAAUUCCAAAGGCACUAGCUCCAUUAUUUCAAGUCAUGCUUGAGUUGAUGCCGGGUACUGCUCAUCACGAUGUCAGCCUGAUUGGUAAUGUGAGGAGCAAGCUUGCGAGUAUAGGGAGUCACAUACUUGGCCCUUAUUACCAGAAAGGUAGUGUUGAGAAGACCAUGGUUUAUCUCGUUAUGUCGCAUGAUUCAAACCAGGCCAUCCUUUCUCUUAAGAAUGAUAAGCCUCUAUUGAAGUUCCUGGGCGUGGGAAGGUCGGAUCAUGUUGAGUAUCUCAAUGAUAUUUUGGCGCAGGCUACGUCUGCUGUAGGGGGCACAUUUGUGAAUAGCCCAUUUUACGCUGCUCUUGGAAAGCAGGAAAUUACUGUACAUCCUAUUGGGGGAGCAUGUAUGAGUAGCUGUGGCACAGGGAGAACCGGCACAACGAACCAUUUUGGGCAAGUGUUUAAAGGGAAUGGUAAAGAGACCCAUGAAGGGCUCAUUGUUACCGAUGGAGCAAUUGUUCCAACGGCUCUGGGCGUCAAUCCCCUCGCUACUAUCACCGCCCUUGCGGAGCGCUCGGUAAAGUAUACGGCAGAUAGAAUGGGUGUGACCAUUGACUAUGAUACUAAGAAUGGUCUUCUCGAUCUCUUCGGAUUCCCAAAACACGUAAUUACUGGAGACGAUAGCAUCGUCAAUGCCGAAAGUCUCAUCGAAGAGACUGCAGCAGGAAAAGUGAGCGGCUUCGAAUUCUCCGAAGUCAUGUCCGGAUUCAUCCACUUUGGCGAAAACAUGGAAGGAGACCGAACAGACGACUUCGAAGUUGCAGCUCGCACCGGGCGAGGACUAUGCGAGGGCGCGAGGUUCUUCCUGAGCGUCAAGGCAUGGAAUACCCAUACGAUUGUCCGUCGCCCUGACCACUCGGCAAUGUUGACUGGAACACUCGUCUGCGCUGGUCUACCAGGGAGCCCCUUUAUGAUAAAGCGUGGCGAUUUCGGACUUUUUUCGGCAAAUCAGUCAAUAUCGGGGACUAAGAACUUAACCUACAGCUUUCAGAUGAUAGGAACCGAUCGCGAGAAGUACCAGUUUGAAGGGUUUAAAACGGUUAACGCCGGGGUAGUGCUCAACCCGAUUGCGCUCUGGAGGGCAACUUCUACUCUCUAUGUCACCAUCAAGCGACUCAACGGCACCGUCAUCGGGCGCGGCAUACUCCACAUCAAGCCUACAGAUUUCCUAUCCGAAGCACGCACCCUCACACCCACCGGCGACGGCCUCAUCGCCAAAGCCACCUCCACCAUAUCCUUCCUCUCCUACUUCGCCAAGCAAGCCGCCUCCCUCUUCUUCACCCCCUUCAGCCCCCUCCAGUACCCCUCCCACACCCCCCGCGGCUUCAUAAACACCUGCACCUCCGACGGCGCCAUCGCCGUGAUCGCCUCCGACGGCGUAAAGACAUACAUGAACAAGUGGGAAUCCACGCACCCUGACCCCGCCUACCCGGUGCACGACCUCUUCAUGGUCCCCGGCGCCUCGGUGGACCACCAGAUCUUUAGUCUGCAGACGAUUCCGAAGAACGCGGUGCAGUAUUUUACGGAGAGGGGGUAUCGCGUUUGGGUCCUUACGCAUCGGAUUGGGAUGAAUAUGCAGCCGACGGAUAAAUGGACGACGUUUGAUGCGCGUCUUGAUAUUCGCGCUGCGUUGGCGUAUAUCCGUAGCGUCUGCGGGAAUCGCAAGAUCUACACUAUUGCGCAUUGCAUGGGCUCCGUGGCGCUGGCAUCGGGGAUGCUGGACGGGACGAUACCAGUAGAGUGGAUCAAAGGGCUGUCGUGCUCGCAAGUCUUCAUGAAUCCGCAAUGGGCGCGGAUUAACAUGGCCAAGGUGAUGAUGCCAUUCGAUCUGACGCGCGCGUACCGGCUGCUGGGCGGGAACUGGUUCAGUUGCUCGAGUAGCGAGGAUGAUACGCUGGUGCAGAGGGCGAUUGAUCAGGUGCUGAGGUUUUAUCCGGUGGAGCCGAGGGAGAUGUGUAAUAAUGUUGCGUGUCAUAGGACGUCUUUUGUUUUUGGGAGGUGAGCUAUAACCCCCCCCCCUUCUACCCCUUUUAUCUAUCCUUGGAGGAGGCUGGCAGCUAACCAACGACGCAGAUGCUGGAACCACGCCAACCUCAACGUAGCAACCCACGCACAAACCCACCGCUUCUUCGGCGGCGUCAACAUGUCCCUCGAGC